AUGACGACUGAGAUGGGUAGCGGUUUCAAUAAGGUAAAUUGGCCAAAGCGCCAACAUCCAUACCAAAGCCUGCCAUAUAUGGCUGCCCAGGGCGCUGAAGGUACGGGUGCACACCAUACACAUCAGUACUUAGCACCCUACUCUGAAGAUCGGCGUGAUCGUGCCCCGGUAGAACAUUCGGGACAAAACGGUUAUCCAGCAAGUACUCAUUCACAGCACCAUGUAGGAUUCGAAGGAUACUCAACUGAGCAACCGCCAAGCAGAGCAAUGAACCAGGACCCGAGAUCUUUCCGAGAGAAUGCUGUAUACCCCAUUAAUGGACCCAGCCACAUCUGUAGAACGAUGGAAAGUAGACACGUACCACUGAUGCAGGUGCAUAACUGCACUUACUGUCAAGAUGAAAGUGUGCUAAAUGCUUACCAUGAUGCACGCAUCCGGCAAGAGGUUUUCCAGCAAACCUCAAUGAACUUUUCAAACUCUGUACAUGGGACAGCAAAUAACGCGUAUGAUGCCAAUCUUGACACUUUGUCAUACCUCGGGGCCCAUGUCUUUGAGGAAGAUGCCUGCGGAACGCCAAAAAGUUCAAGCAGCGAUAUUCGGUCCCGGCAGUAUGAUGGUCAGGAACAAGAGGCAUCAAUCGGUGCCACACAGUAUCAAGAACGAGGCAGCGUCUCCAUGACUGAGUCUACCCCAGGCCUCCGGUCGUCUGCCCAAGGUGGAAUAGUCAUUCAAUUGGACGCCACAAACGCAGAACCUUGGACUGUAUUCGGCCUAGUGGAUGACAGUCAGACCAGCCGUUCCAUAAGGCGAAUACAAGAAGGGAUGGACCGGAUAACUUUGGAUGCCACCCAUUCGGUGUUCGCUUACGGUAAUCCGAGCUCCGUCUCUUCUACGCGCACUGGUUUCGAAACCUGUUUGUCGUCAGUGAUACAACUACCGAAUCAGAUAGACGAUAUACCAUCAGCAAUUCCUUACUUCCCCCCAUCCUCAGCAUCAGGAAGCCAAAUGGAUGCUUCCGAUUCCUACCAGUCUCCCUUGGACGUCACCUACACUUCUGGAUCGAGAACCGACCCUCAAAAUCGACACCGGCUCCUAAUGGAGAGAGCUGCAACACUCGCAAGGGCGCAUGGACAUCUUGGAAGAUAUCCUCGAUCAGAUCCUGGUUGUCACUUACCCAUUCCUGGGGUGAGGCGACCGUCUUCUGCAUCAUCCCAAAUCACUGACGCUACCUCGUCUAGUGCUGUACCCAGCUCUGGCCAGGGCGUCCUGAAAUGUGGUGUGGACGGAUGUGAAACUACGUUUUCCGGUAGAUAUGGAAAAGGCAACAGAGCGAGACACAAAAAAGACUGCCAUGGAGGAAAGGGGCCCAUCAUUUGCCAGGAUGGCAACUGCGGCAAGGUCUUUAGACGAUCAGAUGCUCGGCUGAAGCACCACAGGAAACAUCAUCCUCAUCUCGUAGGCAGAAACACACAGGUGUCGCGUCCUAGAAGAUGGAACCUGGCACCAGGAGACCUGGAUGGUGAUGCGUAG